GCACAGUGGAAGAGAAGUGAACAAGGGUUACUCUGCACUACACUGUUUAUAUCUGUGCUCACCCAUCGAAAGAUAAGUAAAGUUAAACAGGAGAGAGAGGCAGCAGCAUGUCGAACCCUCAGGAGAACCAGUUCACCAAUCUUGAAGAGUGGGUGACCUCAUGGGAGAAAGGACAGACAGGAUUCCAUGAAGCCAAGGGCAGCAAGCUGCUUCAGAUCAACAUUGACAAAGUGUUAGCAGGACGGACUGGAGUAAAGUUCUUUUUCCCUCUCUGUGGAAAAGCUGUAGAUAUGAAAUGGCUUGCAGACAUGGGUCACACUGUAGUUGGAGUGGAGAUAUCCGAAAAAGCCAUUUGUGAGUUUUUUGAAGAAAGUAAAAUGAGCUACAGUGAGGAGCCUGUUCCAACCAUCCCUGGAGCAAAGGUUUUCAGGAACACUGAGAAAACGGUGUCCCUCUAUCAAUGUGAUAUCUCCUCCUUCUCCAGUUCUCUUGAGGGUCAGUUUGGAGCCAUUUGGGACAGAGGAGCUCUUAUCGUCAUCAACCUAAAAGACCGAGCCAAAUAUGUUGCUCUGUUGGUUUCACUCAUGGCUCCUGACUGCAGAUUCCUUUUGGACACUCUGCUCUAUAAUCCUGAAAAAUUUCCUGGUCCUCCAUACUGUAUACCAAAUGAAGAAGUCCGUAACCUGUUUGAGCCCUAUUGUGAUAUAGAGUCAUUGCAAGAAGAGGAUAUUUUCGAUGAAGAGUGUAAAAACUGUGGCAUGGAGUAUCUCAUUGAGAAAAUCCAUCUCUUAGUUCAUAAAAGUUAAUGAAGAAUAUCAUUUUCAUUGACAGAGAAACUUGAAUGUAUUUCUGUAGACGUGGUGAUUGAUGUUUGAAAAUUUAAAGAGGGGGUAUUAUAAAAUUUUUGUUGGUUUUUUUAAUCAUAUUUUAACGUUGUUCCCUCGUCCAAAACAUGUCUCCAUGCAUGUUUGAAUAUUUUAGUGAUUCUCUCCCUGUUUGAACCCUCCUUAUCGUUAGCUGUAAGAUUCUGUACAAUGCUCCACCCACAAGCCUACAUCACCCAUGUUCUCACACGACAAGUCUCCAUAAAUAUACAAAAACAUGAUACAAAACUGUACACUACAACUUCACAAACCUGAUGCAAUGUGCAGUAGUUUCAUUAACAGGACGCACACAGAUUGUGUUGUGAAAGAGCUCUGAAGGGGGAGUGAGUUAACAUGGAGAGAAAAGGGAGGGGAGACAUUAUUUUUGGUGAAUAUAGAAUUUAAUGUUAUCUUUUAAACAAUAAAAGAUAACAUGGUGAUUUAAAUAUAUUCUUUGUAUUAGUAGUAAAAAAAAAACCCUCUUUAAAUGAAAAUAUGUAGGAAGUGUAUUGUCAAUUAUGCAUGCUAUAUGUAACAUGUUUACAAUUUUCUGUAAUCGUAUCUGUAUCUUACCAAUUUUAAUAAAUGUACCGGCAUU